CUCUACAAGGACGUCAUGAUGGACAAUCAGCCGCCCCUCACAUCACCGGAUGGAUCCAGUCAUGGGAACCCACCAGAGAGAUGUCCCCGUCCUCUGUAUUCCCGGGAUUCCACACAGGAAGGUCACACCAUCCCUCACCAUCAUCAGAGUGGAAACCUGAGAGAUCCUAAAGUUGAGGUUAAAGAAGAGAUAAAAGAGGAGGAGGAUGAGGAUGGGGGGAUGGAGGAAUCUGUACCAGGACACCAUGGUGGAGUCAUCCAGCUACAGGAACCCACCAGAGAGAUGUCCCCAUCCUCUGUAUUCCGGGGAUUCCACACAGGAAGGUCACACCAUCCCUCACCAUCAUCAGAGUGGAAUCCUCGGGGAUGAUAAUAUUGAUGUUAAAGAAGAGUAUAAAGAGGAGGAUGAGGAGUAUGGAGUGAUGGAGGAGUUUUCAGAAGGACACAAGGAUAUGAUGGAGCCACCUAAUACCAGGAACCCACCAGAGAGAUGUCCCCGUCCUCUGUAUUCCUGGGAUUCCACACAGGAAGGUCACACCAUCCCUCACCAUUACAAGGUUGUCUUACAGAUGUCAUUUUCUUCAUUUAUUCUUGAUUUAAACCUGAGAGAUCCAAUAUAUAGUUUGAGGUGAAAGCAGAAGAAGAAGAGGCGUAUGUGAGGGAUGAUCAGCAGUCUAUGGAGGAGGAUGGAAUAACGGGGACAUUUAUAGAGGAGGACACUCCUACAGAGAUCAGCACA